CAUCAUUGUUGGCACAAGACGCAGGGUCACGACAUUGCCAUGGUCCUGGUACUCAGAGCACAAGGUUGCAGCAUUUCAGAACAUGCUAGCUUCAAGGAGAUGGCCAGGGAGAUUGCGAAGCAGCUUGGCCUUUGCCAGUGCGCCAGGACGAGAUACGCCUCGAAUACUUUUUGAGGACCUCAAGCAGAAAUUCGGUCACAUCGGCGCAGUGAACCAAAAGCAGGUCGGAGUGUGGAACUUGUUUGAGAUAUUGCGCGUCGUUCGGAGCAAGAAAGAUGUGGGGUAUGCCUUGCAAGCAAUGAACCUGUUCUACAACUUCGGCGUAAAGCUGAAGCAUCGACAACUCUCGUCUCGUCUGCUUGCAGCUACCAUGAUUGCGAAGCACGAGUCUGAGGCUGUCGAGCUGGUCAAGCUCUACGGCACAUGGUUGGAUACUCCGCCAGAUUCUGCACUCGUUUAUGCAGUAAUGUCAAAAUGUUUGGACGACAACAAGCCGAUGGUUGUGAGGGAGCUGGCCAAGCUCAUGCGGGAAGAUUGGCGCUUUCAGUUGGAGGCGCCACUGUACAGCCUGGCCGUUCAGGGUAUGCUGCAGUUGCCAAAGGAGCAGGAUCCUAUGGGCGAGGCAUUUGCCCUGCUGCAGGAUGCAGCUAUGAUGGGUGUGAGGCUGCAGCCAAAGGUGCAUUUGCAGCUUCUCGAUGAGUGUUUGCAGGCACAUACCAUUCAGGCAACAAGCGAGUCUGACGAACCUGAUGAGGAGGCCGUUCAUUUGGAUCGGGCGUUGAAAGUUGCAGAUGGUCUGGCAAGAGACGGUCAUGUCACAGCAGGCAGUUCCGCAGCUCUUUGCUCUAUUUCGUGGCUUCUUUGGCAUUUGUCUGCCAUGCCCUCCGAUGCCCGCCAUGCCCUACUGGAAGGUUGCGAUUCUUUGAAGGCAGCUACUUCAGGUUGCAAAUGGGUUGCAGUGCUUGAGUUGGCUUGCGCCAGCUUUGCGAGCAAGAGCGGCUUCGCGCCACAACUUCCCGGCGGGCUUUUUCGCUCUCUGGAGGCAUCAGAUGACAUUGAGGCCCAGCGCAUGGUCAAGGUGUGCAGGGGAAGCUUUGGGCGCUUCUACCCCGAGGAUGUGAGCCCGGAGUCCGACGUGACGCAAUGAGCACCGGUCCAUGCUAAAGUAGAAGCGCUGUGGCAGUGCUGCCGGUGGAAAACAUACGGACCAACUGACCAGUAC